GCGGCAUCAGUACAUCGCAGCUCCGUUGCAAAAAGGAACAUGCGAGUCCGCGCUGACGCAAAGGAGUUUGGGCUGGCUCCGGCCCAACCCAAGACUCCUUACGGCGAAAUGCUGCAAUACUACCUCCGCAUGGAGCCGCACCUGUUCAAGGAGGCUGUGGACAGCCAGCUGGCCAAGCUGCGAGACGAGCGGCAGGCCAAGCGGGAGAAGGAGCAGCAGCUGGCAGCCAACCCGGACAGCACGCAACUGGCGCUGUACAGGCGCAUGGAGGAGGUCCGCGAGGGCGAGGUGCGCGCCACGCUGGAGGACCUGAUGUACGUGUCCAUCCUGGAGAAGUUCCUGAUGCUGGGGGUGGACAUGCUGCCGCGCAUGGAUGGCUUCGUGGACCCUCCCAUGACCAACCUGAAGGCGCUCACGGAGGGGCUGCACAGCCGCGAGGCGCUGGAGCUGGUGCGGGAACACCUGCUGCAGAUCAUGGGGCCAACCGCGGCGGGAGCGUACAGCGCGGCGUACGUCAAGAUGAGCAAGUUCCAGAUGGCGCAGGUGUACGCCGCCAGCGUGAUGUUCGGCUACUUCCUUCGGCGGGUGGACCAGCGGUUCCAGCUGGAGAAGGCGCUGGGCAGCCUGCCGCUGAGCAGGGAGGAGGCGGUGGCGCGGCUGGAGAGGCUGUUUGCGGCGGCCGGUGACGUGGAGACCUCGGACGACCCCGACUACGCCCCCGCCACCACCGUGGACCUGGACAUGCCGGCUCCCUCCUCCCCCAGCAGCAGCCAGGACGAGCAGGAGGAGUCCUCCAUGCGCCGCAACAGCGGGGCCUCCGCAUCCUCCUCGACCGCCUCCCCUCCCCCCUCCUCCUCCACGCGAUCCCCCUCUCGCUCCUCCUCAGCAGCAGCGGCGCCCAGUGAGUCGGGUUCGAAUCGCGCCGGCCGCAGCAGCAGCGGCAGCAGCAACAACGCGUUGCGGCGCUACGUGGAGUCGUUCGACCAGGCGACCAUGGUGGAAACGGCGCGGGUGGUGAGUGUGGAGGGGGCGGCGCUGGUGGAGCGGCAGACGUCGGCGCUGUUGGGUGACAUCAAGAAGCUCACACAGCAGAUGCAGGAGGUGGUGGGUGCGGACGCGGGGUCCAUGCAGGAGGCCAUGGCGCGCAUGGCGAAGGCGGUGGAGCAGGACCUGGUGGAGACGGUGACCAUGCAGGUUGCCACCCAGCGGCGGUCCGUGCUGGAGGCGGUGGCGUUCGGCACCUUCCUGCGCGAUGUGGAGAGCUGGGUGCAGAGCGAGUAUGCACUGCUCACACCAUUGCCGCCACCCAAGCUGCCGCCGGCGGCUGCGGCGUGAAGAGAAGGGAAAAUGGGUGGUGGUGUUGGGGAUGUUGGGGGUGUGCAGUGAGGGGAGGGUGUUGUUUGCAUGUGCGAGGAGAGCGUUUGAACAAGAGUGCGGGGCCGAGGAUCGUCGUUUGAGGACACCACAUGGGAGAGACCACGGUAGAGCAUGCGCCAUUUUGUUUCUCAUCAGCUGGGAAAAGCUGUUUGGGUCGGUGCGAAAGGUAAUGAAACUAGCAUUGCAGUUCACUGUCGGCCGCUGGUUUGGCUUUAAAUCACCUUUGCUGGUGCUGCCUUGUGCAUGGGUUGGGCUUUCGUUGAGCUUGAAGAGCAUGACGAGCGUUCAGGGUUGUGAAGCGCUGGGGAUUCGAGGAGGGUAAUGCUGGACAGUGGGGUGGUAUAAAGGGGCGAAGGGGCAGGGCAGUGCACCAUUUGUUCGUACAGGUGAGUGGGUUGAGGGGUAUGAGGGUCGGUACAAACUGCUGCCUCUGGCGCGUCCUGAGGAUUUUCUGCGGGGAACGUCUUCGAGGAAGUGCCGGUACGCGGGGAUUACAGGCAGAGCCUUUGCUUUCUCAUUUAUGGCCAUGCGCUCCUACAUGUUGCCAGGGAUUAAUUCAAUCUAGCCGCGAAGAAACAGUUGGAAAGAAUGGCGUUGGCACGAAAUGUAACAUACAUCGUUUGUGAGGGACUGUAAGAUCCUGUAUUGUAAUGCUGAUGAUGGAU